AUGCCUCUGGACAAAGGCAUGGAUCCAAACUCUGCAGACGCCCUGGCAGCCUCUCACCGGGUGAUUUUCAACCCCCGUGCCUCCUUCCAGCCCAUCCCCCUGUCAAAUUCAAUCCGGCACAACCUGUCCCUGCACACCCGCUUCAUCCGUGUGCAAAAUGAAGGCACUGGCAAAAGUUCUUGGUGGAUGCUGAACCCCGAAGGUGGCAAAACUGGGAAGACGCCCCGUCGACGAGCCGUCUCCAUGGACAACAACAGCAAGUUCCUGCGGAUCAAGGGCAAAGCCAGUCGGAAAAAGCAGAUCCAGACUGCUCAGGAACGAGGAGAAGAAAGCCCAGCUAGCCAGCAGGCCAAAUGGUCAGAGAGUCCCACCUCCCAUGCCAGUGAGGAAUACGAUGCUUGGGCUGACUUCCGGACACGGGCCAACUCCUCGGCCAGCACACUGAAUAGCCGCCUCUCGCCCAUCAUGGCCAACCAUGAGCCAGAUGACCUGGAGGAGGAUGAUGGGACCCCAUCCUCCCCACUGAUGUACCCCAGCCCUUCUAGCACCCUGUCCCCCUCCCUGAAUGCCCGCUGUUCAGUGGAGAUGCCCAGGCUGACUGAUCUCACCGGCACCAUCAACCUGAAUGAGAGCCUGGGAGAGAGUCUUCUAGAUGACCUGCAGGACAACUACAGCAUGAGCCCAGCCCAGCCGCUUUCUGCUGGAGGACUCCGGCCCAGGACCUCCAACUUUGGCUUCAGCUCCAAGUGCUCCUCAGUGGGUACAGGAGGUGGGGGAGGGGGAGGAGGUGGUAAUACCUACUCUGGGACUAUUUAUAGCCAACCCGCCAUGAGCAUCAUGCGCCGUUUGCCCAUGCAGACCAUCCAAGAGAACAAGCAGGCCACUUUUGUUCCCAUGAAUGCCUACCGCAACGCCUCAUUGCAGGACCUGCUCUCCUCCAUUUCCUACGCGCACAAGGAGGGCGAGCCACACCUGCCACCAGCCAACAGCAUGGGCCUGCCUCGCGGCCACAGACAAAAUGCCCUGGUGUGUAGCGGUGGGGGUGGGGGCGGAGAGAUAGGCUUGGUCCCCUACCCUCCCCACUCGUCUUCUCUCAUGAAGAGCAACACGUUAUACCACCCAUCACCAGCUGGCCACCACCCUCCUCUUAACAACAGUGCCUUACCCUCUCCGAUCAGCCUUAUGAGCCUGCCCAGUGACGCUUGCAGCAUGGUGAACAUGUCUCACCACGGGCAUCUUCAUUCCUACGUCAACAACCAGGGGGCGCACAUGAGCUUGCUAGAUUCCUUGCAGGGACCUUACCCAGAAGCCAUGCACACCCCUGUGUUGAGUCAGGACAGAUUCCCAGCAGAUCUAGACUUGGACAUGUUCAACGGGAGCUUGGAAUGUGAUGUGGAGUCCAUCAUUCUCAAUGACUUCAUGGACAGUGACGAGAUGGACUUCAACUUUGACUCGGCUCUUCCGCCACAAAACGGUCUGAAUGUGGCCCCUUUGCCCAGUGCCCCACAGCCCAACAAUCAAAGCUGGGUACCUGGAUGA